AUCCUUGAAUUCACAACUCCUGCCCGCCUGCCUAAUCACCCCCUCCUAACAUAGCGCCCACCAUAUAUCUCCUUUCAUUAUUCACGUUUCCUUCUUCUCUUCUAUUCUUCUCCGUUACUCAAAUUGACCAACAACAAAAAAAAAAAAAAAAAAGAAGAAGAAAAAACGCUCAAAACUCCUCUCCUUCAUCUCUCGCAAUUUCAGUUUCUCAAUCAAAGCAAAGGAAUUCGUUCUUCUCAUGGUCCAAUCCAUGACGGUUUCCCCCAAAGCCAUCUUCCCGCCGCGGAAGCGCCGCCCCUCGGCCGGAGCCUUCAUACCGCCAAACUUCGCCGACCAGAAGCUGGUCCAGUCCCUCCUCCUCCUCUCCCAAGAAAUCUCCUCCAUCCAGCCAUUCCAAUUCCUUCUGCGCCGCACCUCCCUCUCCAUAAUUCGGAAGACCAAGCUGCUCUCCAUCCUCUUCGACGAGCUCCUCCGGAAUCCAAUCCUCAUCUUCUCCCCGACCCUGCUCUGCUUCGAAGAAAUGUACAUCUUACUCCAGAGGAUCAGAACCUUGAUCGAGGACUGCUCCAACGGGAGCAAGAUGUGGCUGCUUAUGCAGAUCGACUCCGUCGCCAACGGAUUCCACGAAUUGACCGUCGAGCUCUCCACUCUCCUCGACAUCUUCCCGCUCAACGAGGUCGACCUCUCCGAGGACGUCCAGGAGCUCGUCGUGUUGAUCCGGCGGCAGUGCUCGCUCGUGAAGCCCGACCUCGAUCCCGGCGACAGCAGCCUCCGCCGCGAGGUUCUCACCAUGCUCGAUCGGAUUAAGAGAGAGAUCGUCCCCGAUCAGCCCAAGCUCGCCGAGAUUUUCCACCGGGUCGGGCUGCAGACCGCCGCCAGGUGUACGGAGGAGAUCGACUCUUUGGAAGAGGAGGUUCAGAAUCAGGGCGACGAGAAGUCGAAAUCGGAGGUGAUCGCACUGAUUGGACUCGUCCGUUACGCGAAAUGCGUCCUGUACGGCGCGUCGGGCCCGGAUUCCGAGAGCCAGCGGAGUACCAGCAGCAAGGAUAUGACGGCGGAGGCCGCCACCAAUAUUCCGCCGGAUUUUCGGUGUCCAAUUAGCCUGGACCUGAUGCGGGACCCGGUUGUCGUGGCCACGGGACAGACGUACGAUCGCGAGUCAAUCGCGUUGUGGAUUGAAUCGGGGCACAACACGUGUCCGAAGACAGGUCAGAACCUGGCCCACACAAGCCUCAUCCCCAACCGCGCUUUGAAGAAUCUGAUAAGCAUGUGGUGCCGUGAGCAGAAGAUACCGUUCGAACUGACGGAGACCAGUCACAAAAGUAACGGCGUCAGCAUCCCGAACAAAGCCGCGGUCGAGGCAACGCGGAUGACGGUGUCGUUUUUGGUCAACCAGCUCUCCGGCUCGCAGUCAACGGAAGCGGCUAACGGCGUGGUCUACGAGCUUCGUGCGCUGGCGAAGACCAACUCCGACAGCCGAGGGUUCAUCGCCGAAGCAGGGGCCAUUCCCCUGCUGGUGCGCUACCUAGGUUCGGACGUAGGCUCGGAGCUCCCGAACCUCCAGGUAAACGCCGUCACCACCAUCCUCAACCUUUCCAUCCUGGAGGCGAACAAGACAAAUGUCAUGGAAACCGAUGGAGCUCUGAACGGGAUAAUCGAGGUCCUCCGCUCCGGCGCCACGUGGGAGGCGAAAGGAAAUGCGGCGGCCACCAUAUUUAGCUUGUCCGGCGUGCACUCCUACAGAAAACGCCUCGGGCGAAAAAAUCGGGUGAUCAAAGGUCUCGUGGAUUUAGCUCAACUCGGUCCCAAUUCUUCAAAGAGAGACGCGUUGGUGGCAAUUUUGACCUUGGCCAGCGACAGAGACACGGUGGGGAGGCUGAUUGAAGCCGGGGUGGUGGAAAUUGUGGCCGGAGUAUUGGACUCGCUGCCGGAGGAAGCGGUUACGAUACUAGAAGUGGUGGUAAAGAAAGGCGGGCUAGCGGCGAUCGCCGCCGUGUACAGUAAGAUAAAGAAAUUGGCCGUUUUGUUGCGGGAAGGGUCGGAGACGUCCCGGGAGAGCGCGGCGGCGACGCUUGUGACUAUCUGUCGGAAAGGUGGAUCGGAGAUGGUGGCGGAGCUGGCGGCGAUGCCCGGAAUCGAGAGGAUAAUUUGGGAGCUGAUGGGAUCGGGGACGGUCCGGGCGAGAAGAAAGGCGGCGACCUUGUUGAGGAUUCUCAGAAGAUGGGCUGCAGGUUUGGAUCCAAGCCCGGUUACGGAAAGGCCCAAUACCACUGUGAGCGGCACGUCAGCAACGACAGUAAUGUAAAGACGGGAAGAAAGAAAAAAGAAAAAAGGAUUUGGUGUUCUCAUUUUGUUUUCUUCUUCUUCUUCGAUCAUCCAAAUUGUAUAAACAUUAAUUUUUUUUGGUUCUAUCCCUCUUUUUUUGCUUGUUGUUUCAUCGAUCUCUUGAAAAUUGAGUUUAAUUCAGAUAUGACUUUGAAUCCUCAAUUGUUUAUUCGUCCUUCUUGAUAAGACGUUUUUUGGUUGUGGACAAGGAAUUUAUACACGCAGACGCACAAUCCUAAUAAAACAAGAGGAUCGGAUAAAGCAAGGAGUAAAACCGGGAACGGAAC